GGGCAUAUACUAUUGGUUAUACUUCUGGCCCUGCCUUUUCAUUAACUUAUGUUUAUGUUUACAGUUUCUGCUUUAAAUGUUUUUUGAAUUAUGCAUGAUUGACAUGGUAGGUUAUCAACUUGGUUGUGACAAGGUUAACUAGUAGGUGGUUGGUGUUGGUUGUGGUGGUCAAGAUGAGGUUCGGCCGAAUUUGGAUACCACGUUUUUGCGAAGUCAAGACUGUGUUACUUGAAGAAGCUCAUAAGUCACGAUACUCGGUCCACCCCGGGGCUACAAAGAUGUAUCGGGACUUGAAGGCCAAUUAUUGGUGGCCGGGCAUGAAACGCGAUAUCGUCAAAUAUGUCGCAAAAUGCUUAACAUGCUCCCAAGUGAAAGCGGAACAUCAAAAGCCCUACGGAGAAUCACAACCUUUGAGGAUACCGGUAUGGAAAUGGGAGGAACUAACGAUGGAUUUAGUAACCAAACUUCCUAGGACGAAAAAGGGGCAUGAUACAAUAUGGGUAAUCGUAGACCGACUUAAGAAAAGCGCUCACUUUCUACCCAUCAAAGAAGCUUACUCUUCUGGGAAAAUGGCGGAAACUUACAUGAACGAGAUUAUAUCUCGACACGGGGUGCCUGUGUCAAUUGUUUCGGAUCGGGACACUAGAUUGACUUCUCGUUACUGGCAAAAGUUUCACGAGAGUGUGGGUACGAAAUUACACAUAAGUACCGCCUACCACCCUCAAACUGACGGCCAGUCAGAAAGAACCAUUCAAACACUUGUUGAUAUGCUAAGGGCGUGUGCCUUAGAUUUUGGGGGAAGUUGGGAUGACCAUUUACCACUAGUGGAAUUUUCUUAUAAUAAUAGUUAUCAUAGUGGUAUUUAAAUGGCACCUUACGAACUACUAUACGGGAGAAAAUGUAGAACUCCCGUAUGUUGGGGUGAAGUGGGGCAAAGGGAGCUCGCGCCAAGUGAUUUAAUAGCAGUAACAAAUGAAAAGAUUGAAGUGAUUAGAGCUCGAUUGAAAGCAGCCCAGGAUCGACAAAAAGCUUAUGCAGACAAGAGGAGGCGUCCUAUUGGAUUUCGGGUCAGAGAUUAUGUUCUAUUGAAAGUAUCACCAUGGAAGGGCAUAAUCUGUUUUCGCAAACAUGGUAAGUUAGGUCCUCAUUACAUCGGACCGUUUAAAAUCUUAGAUAGAGUUGGAAAAGUUGCAUAUCGAUUAGAAUUACCGCCUACUCUGGACGGAAUUCACAGUACCUUCCACGUAUCGCAAUUGAGAAAGUGUCUUGCGGAUGAAACAACAUUAGUACCUCUCGAUGAUAUCGAGUUAGACGAGGGGUUAAAUUAUGUCGCGAGGCCAAUAGCCAUUAAAGACGCAAAAGUAAAGAACCUUCGUAACAAAGCCGUUAAACAAGUGUUAGUGCAAUGGCAGCACCGAAAGGGGUCGGAACUUACGUGGGAAUCAGAAGAUGAAAUGCGAAGAUACUACCCUUUCCUCUUUGGCGUGAAGGAAGAAGGUUCAAAUUCCAAGAAAACGGAAGGAUCACAAGACCGAGGUAAAUCCUCGGCUUAGGCGAUUGGACAGCUUGGAACGUGCACACUUGAUUCAUGCCCGCCUUACGCUUCCGUCACAAGUUGUUUUGAUAAGGGUUAAACUUUUGGUCGUAUGUAUUUAAUCUUAUGUAGUAUGUUGAUGUCCGUGUCGUUGUGUCAAACCUAGUAGUUGUAGUCUUGUUACAUAUAAUGUUAAUUUUCGUCCGUCUUUGGAUUUUGUCAAAAAUGUUUGUUGUUGAAGUUUGUUUGUGUAAAACAGGAAAUAGUGGUUUAAAACGAA